AUGGUACACAAUUCGUUGAAGGAGGUUCCUCGCAACCUCAAGGAGGCCAUCGACUGGUUGAUAGCCCUGAAGGGAGAUGAUUUUCCAUAUCACAUGGAGGCUAUGGGCGCCGCCGUUUACGAUUUGCUCGAAGACAAGCCUGUAGGAUACACUAAGGUGCCAGCUCUCGAGGAAGUUAAACUUAUUACCAAGAAGUUCAUGGAGCAAGAAGGGCUUAAGGACUGGUGGCCCGUAAAAAGAUUACUGGGUAGAUUCAGUAAGCGUAUGAGUAAAACCGGGGUGUUUGCUAGACGAGGUAAAAAUGACGCCCAAAGCGAAUUUGAGAACAUCGUACAGACCCAGCGUAUCGACCCUGAAGCCAUGGCAGCGAAGGUGGCAGAAGUUGUCUAUUAUUCUGAGAAGUUUUUGGACAAAAUAAAAACCCCUGACAAGUACAUCCCCACUUACAGUUCAGAAGCGACGUGGGAUGCGUCAUGCGCGGAGGACCCGGAGGCUUGCGCAGCAAUCCUCGUUGGGAUUGCGCCAAUGUUGUACGCAGGUCUAUAUUCUUUGUGGGAUGCAACCGUGACACGGGGUUGGAACGAGUCGAAUGACGUGGUCGAGAACCGUGUGAGAGGGGUAUUGAAAGCUGUGGGUUUCGAAGAGCCACAAUGCCGCGCCAACAUGGGUAUAUUGGAUGUCGUAAGGGCGUUCAAAGGUGUGGAUGAGAGAAUAUUUACCAUACUCUACGAUCUCGCUGGGUUUUGGGCUUUCUAUUGA